AUGAUUGCGGCAUCUGAACCGUUGGAGUUUGUGCCGCACGGACGUACAGUACUUGCAAACCAUCCUGGGAAAAUAUACAAUAAUGGGCAUAAUGUAUCUGCCUCCGAAAACUCCCUAUUGUAUAAGCUAACCAACUUUGGAAUAAAGGAUGACAGUAUCUUGGAAACCAAAGAUGAAGACAAUGAAUGGUGGACUAUCAGAAAAGUAUAUUAUAAGGCUACCGAAGUUGAGGAGGAUGAAACAAAGUCUUCAAAGGAUAGCAAGUUGGAGAAUGAGUCAUUUCGUCCACCAAGUCGCCUAAAACAUGACUUUAACAUAUCAAUUAAGUCAGAACUUAUGAGUGGAUUAAAAAAAGAUGAUCUUUCUGGAACAUCUAAGGGUGGCAGUGCUAAUAGCUCCAGCAACAUGUGUAAAAAGUUCAAUUUGAAUUGUGCACAGAAUAAACAAAAUAAAGGCUUGAAUCCAAAAACUGACUCUUAUUAUGAAGAAGAGCUUUAUGUCAAAGGAUGUACAGCAAUAUGGUCUAAAGGUUUAAUUUCCUCACCUGGUUCAAAAGUCACAGCACCCGAGCAACGUGAAACAAUAGCUUGCUACACAAUAGAAAACCCUAUUAAACAUGCAGCCUUUGCUGAUUUCCAUGUAGAUAUUAAAAAUACAAUGCUCAUAGAUGCUCUCAACUCACAAAUUGGCGACUCAAAAAAAAACAUAAAAAUUGAGGAUAGCACAGAACACCUACAGUCAGAAACCAUGCCUUCAAUACUACUUAUAGAUAACAAAUGUUUGAGAGUUUUUGCAGUCGAUGGGAGAGAAUAUGUUACCAGUCUUCCAUUUCAAGUUAAAAAAGUUUGGCCAAUGAAAUAUGGAGUCCUUUUAGAAAAAGAUGCAACACCACUACUACACAAUUCUAUUUUUCCAAUAUCCCUCUUUAAGCACAAUGAGUCUCAUUACAGUACUUUUUCCAAGUCUAAAAUAUCCCUGCAGCAUUUGAGUGCAAAAUUGAGAGCCGAGUCAAUAUCUGGUUAUGACCAAGAGUGUCCAUUGCCCACAUGCUUUUCAUUGAGUCAUCCAUUAGACGAAGUGACACCCAUAUUAAUGAAGUCACCCUCACAAGGCUUGCAGUACUACAAUGAUGGGGAUUUACAAAUUAUCUUUGUUGCAUCAAAUCCGAGCAUAAUACUCAUAUAUGAUUGGAAACUAGGAACUCAUUCGCUGUGGAAGAUCCGAAAAGCAAUUCGAGAUGAAUGUUUAUCUAUGUGUUCAAAUAUGAAUUCCACCUCAUUCAAUCAGUCGUGUGACUUUCGAAGUCCUACACAUAGUAUGAAGAGUUGGGGAAGUCCCUUACACUCAAAGAAACAAGCGACACCUGUAUCGAGACAGAAUAGUUCUAUGGCUAAUAUAUUUCACCAGCAGGGAAUGUCACCUCACGCUUCGAUCGGUCAAGCUAGCUCUCCUUCCAUGGCCAAUACUAUGAUUCAGAAUCCGCCUUCGCUGCCUCUAUAUCCAGAUGUCUGCAUCGAGCACAUCUACACAGAAAACCAAUCUUUACGACGAGAUCCUAUAGAACAACCGAACGAUCUCAAAGCAUUUCUACAUACAGAUCUAGUAGGCCACGAGUACUUAUGUUAUAUGGUGAAAGUGGACGGGCUGAGUAAACUACAGAUUAUGAGAUUAAAAAGGUCUCACACUCAUGGACAGACAAGUAAAACAAAUAUAAUAGUUGGGUGGAUGUCAUCUGUGGUAGCUAAGGAUGCGGUGGUGCUGGACCAUCUGAAGAUGAUAGCAUUGGUCGAUGAAACUGGGAAUAUUGUGUUGCAAUCUGGCAAUGAUUUGGUUGGAAAGGUCCACGUAGGUGGUGUACUGGCUCGUUUGAUAGACUCCCCUUACACCAAGAGGUCCACCUUCCAGUCUCCAUUUCCUCGUCGCAGCAGCCUUUUACCGACGCGUUGUGAUACAACCUUCGAUGACUCUGCUCUGCAUCUGCUGUCUCCCGUACCUCAUUCUUCUGUUUCUAGAUUAGAGCAUAAUAAGGAAACUUUAGGUAUUCGCGGCGUUUGUGACGCAGCGGGCGACCGUCUGAGCGUGCGCUUUGAAUCCGGUCAGUUGUACCGAAUAGCUUUGCCCCCGCAUUCGCAGGCGCCGCUGCUGCAGCGGACCUGCACAGCACUGGCUUCGGCUCUUCCCAAGGAUAUAACUAUGCAGGUUUUAAUAAAAUGGUAUGGCGUUCGGAACGCCCCAGGCACACAAGAUUUAACACCCGAACAGGAAUGGGACAUGUUCUCGAACUUAAUCCUAUCGCUGAUCGGUUACGACAUUGAUAAACACAAGAGCUUAGAUGAAGACCCGGAAAUAAUGCCCAAAAAGCAAAGAACCUCAAACGACGGAUCCCAAGAUGACUGGGAUUACGUCAUCCAUUCACAAUUCCAUAAAAACAUGAACAAUACUCUCACAAAUGUUCUUAACCUCAAAGCCUUAGAGGUGGAUUCCAAGAAGAAAGUAGAAGAAGAAAAGUCAAUUCAGUUCAACUCGAACGCUCUUCUGUUUCCGUACACCGUACAUCUCUUCUACACGUUCCACCUUCUGUACGAAGACUUAAAGCUGAAUACGCUGUUAGAGAACGAUUUGAGGGUAGUCUCAAAAUUCCUAUAUCAAAUAGCUAAAGAUAUAUCUCUGGAUAAGUACGUGGAUCACUAUUGGUUGGACUUCCCGACGCAUUUUGCGUAUGCGGGUGAGAGUCAGCCUCAAAUUCAGCAAGAUGUCCGCAAGAAGUUGGUUCAGCCGAAUUACUUCAGCGUGGAUCCGCCGAAUAUAUUCGCCUACUUGAACUCGGUGUUGAAGGACGUGGACGAAGGUUGUUUCCCAUAUAUAUCGCAAGUUAAUGACACUUCUAAGGACAUCAUUGAGAUCUUGUCAUCGGCGGGGUGCGGUCGUGGGGCAGGCGUUCGCACCUUGUGCGUGGCGGGGGCCGAAGCCCCAGGGCUCACUACCAGCACACCCAGGGCCGGCUCCACGUCGACGCACAGUUCGCCUCACGCCGCUGCCGUAAUGCUCGCGUGUGAGAGAGGUUUCACCCCCCGAGAACUAGACAAGCUGCCUCCGGCGUUAUCCCUGAUCCUGAUCACCAUAUUCAACCGCUGCAAAGCGGAGCCUCCGACCGACUGGCCUCCCGCCGCCUACCGCCUGGCCAUGAGGGAAGACCUGGCGAUCCAGGCGGGAAUAAAGGAAAAGAUCAGCUCCACGGAUGAUUACUUGGAAACCUUAGCCCUGGAAGUGCUGGAGAAAGACACGGCAUUCACACAAAAGGACACUUACCUGGAUGACGUCAGCUCCAAAUCGGAUGAAGACAUCACUGGAAUGGAGCAUUUGAAUACGGAACUGCUGAAGAUGCUCUACCCUGACGAUCGUAGGAUGACAGAAGUAUACAACCUCUUACAAUCGUCGAAACCGGUGACAAUCAACCUUACCCAGAGACCUGAAGUGUCGGAUCACGAUUUCAUUGAGGAGCAGGAAAAAUACUUGUAUGCCAUCGGCACCAGGACUAUGGCCUUGCCCAUUGGGAGGGGUAUGGUCACUCUGCGAACGUUGGCAUGUCCUCCCACGGACUCUUUGACGUUACCGAAACUGUGUGUCUCCGGUCGUGGCCCUCCGCCGCGCUGCAACACGGUAAACCUAAGCGCCAACGACACAUCUCCGCACUGUUUGCUGUGGCCGACCUUUCACAACGGCGUGGCUGCGGGCCUAGCGCUGGUCCCCAUGACGGGAUCCAGCAUCGAUGCCAAUUGGGUCAUUUAUAAUAAACAACGCGGAACGCAAGACAUGUCGAUCGAGCACGCGGGUUUCCUCCUGGCCUUGGGCCUGAACGGCCACCUGAAGGAUAUGCCGUACAUGACCAUGUACGAGUACCUCAUCAAGUGCCACGAGAUGAUCAGCAUCGGAUUGCUUUUGGGGCUCGCCGCUACGUUUAGGGGUACAAUGGACGUGCAAGCAACGAAAAUGCUGAGUAUCCACGUGGAGGCACUACUUCCCCCGAGUAGCGUGGAACUGGAUAUUCAACACGGCAUCUUAGUAGCUGCGCUACUCGGGGUCGGGUUGCUGUACCAACGGACGGCGCAUGCGCAUUACGCACAGGUGUUGUUACGAGAGAUAGGCAAACCGCCAGGUCCCGAAAUGGAGAACUGCGUCGAACGCGAAGGCUACGCUCUGGCUGCCGGACUGGCCCUGGGCUGCGUCUGCUUGAGAGCCGGAGACAGUCCACAAUUGGGAGACCUGGCUCCGGCGCUCAGGACCUAUAUGCUGGGAGGGGACCGGCGAGGGUUUAAUGGAUCCCAAAAAGAGAAAUACAAGCAAGGGUCGUUCGCCAUUCGCGAAGGGUCGACGGUGAACCUGGACGUGACCUCCCCGGGAGCCACUCUGGCGCUGGGCCUCAUCUACAUGCAGACGAACAACGCCGCCGUGGCCGAGUGGUUGGAGCCCCCCACGACCGCCUACAUGCUGGAUUUCGUCAGACCGGAUCUGCUCAUGUUGAGGAUUAUCGCCAGAGGUCUGGUGCUGUGGGACAGUAUCAGCCCCAUGGAGGAUUGGGUGGAAGAUCAGGUCCCCGACACCAUCAGGCCGUACUGCUUCGUCAAACCCACUGAGGCAAAUGUUGACUACGAGGCUAUGAACCAAGCCUACUGCAACAUAGUAGCGGGAGCGUGCUUCGCCCUCGGGCUGCGCUUCGCGGGCUCCGGGAACGAAAUCGCCAAAGAAACGGUCCUGUACUACGCCAACCGCCUGGCCUCGCCCCCCAGACGUCUGCCGGAGCUGGCCGGAGCCGCCACCUUGGAGACCUGCAGCUGCGUCUGUCUGCUCGCCGCCGGCUGCAUAAUGGCCGGUCGCGGAGACCUCGAAGUGAUGCGUCUGUGUCGAAGACUGCGCGCGCGCACAGCGGCCUCUCGGGGACCGGCGCCCUCUCGUCCUAAAGCCCACGCCCCACUCACGCACGGCGCUCAGAUGGCCGUUCACAUGACCCUGGGGCUGCUAUUCCUCGGCGGUGGCAGAGCGACCCUCGCCAGUACGCCCGAAGCGGUGGCCGCUUUGUUGAUCGCUUUCUUCCCCAAGUUUCCUACUCACACUGAAGAUAAUAGUCCUAUUGUAGACAUUGAUUUAAAAACACCAUUUUUUGGAUUUUAUUUUACACAGCAUACGCUAAUUAUUUUCUUUUUUCAGGUGAUUGACGUGGAUAAUUACCUGAGAGAAUACAAAGCCCCCUGCAUCAUACCGGAAUUGAACCAGUUGAAGGUGGUGAAGAUAGAUGACACCAGAUAUUGGCCAAUUCUCUUCGAGAGAGACCGGAAUUGGGACCAACUCAAAACAUUCCUCGAAUACACAUGGUGUGUAGAUAUAAAGCAGCGAGCCGGCUGCUUGCCCUACAGCAAGGACCCGGAAGGCUUCACCACCAUGUUGGGCCACACCCUCACGCUGGACCAGACCAACAUCUGGUCUGCGAAGCCGGACAACAUCGACCUCUUCAGCAGCGACCGACAAGUGCGGGGCUUCAUCCGCCAUUACCUGGCGCAGGACGACGCCGAAGUCGGCACGAACAUUUGCGGAGACUGCCUCGUCUUGAAGAAGAAGAGAGGCGGCAAAGAGAUGAACAGGACCUGCGUGUGCCGAAAGUACAGCAAGGAGGAGCAGGAGUUCAUCCAGAGCCUGAACGUGGUCACCUACGAGUGUGUGGUCAAGGACGUGCUGCGGGCUCUGCCCAUUUGGACGAGUUUUUUGAAGAUAAUAAAACUGAUGCGCACGGAGCCCAGCUCCUACCACAUGUGGCAGAUAAAGCUGCUGCUGGCCCAAGUGGAAUCCCUCUCCCGAAGGAGCUCGGACGAGAUGGACGUCGACGACAACGAAAACGAGCCGCUGAUAUCGACCGAGUUCACGCUGGCCGUGAAGCAGAAGAUCGCGCUGGUGUUCGACAAGUGGGAGCUGAAGAUCGUGCCCUUCCUCAGGAAGUAUUUGGGAAUGCCAAGCAGUCGCUCGAUAAACAGCUGCCACGAUGACAUCAAGCGGAUCCUGGCGUCGUUCCUAGUCUACCACGAGUUGCGGCGCAAUCUUCUGGGCGAUAGCGGGUUCGAUACCUCGGAAUUGGGACUGGUUAUGUGCGAGAAGGCUUCUCUCAGUGGUGUUGCGGCGAGCAAGGUAAGAGAAAAAAAAACGGGUGCUGGAGCUGGUCCGGUGAUUGAGGUCCUUGGCCGGUGGCUACGUCACGCGGUCACGCUGUCGGGAGGAUUGCGUCCACGACUGGUGUUAAAUAUAUUUAACUAUUAG